AGAUAGAUUCAAAUUUGCAAUGGCUUCAGCCCAAGGCCGCAGGCAGUGAGCCUUUGCAUCGGUCUUGCAUGUCAAUCUAUUUGGCAUGACCGGUGCCACCCAUGAUGCCUGGGCAGAAAGGGAGAGCGAGCCUAAUCCCGGAGCAGGGCAGGAGCACGAGAAUGAGGAAACUCUGCGCAAGGAACUGGAGGAGCGCCAAGCUUUGAUCCGACGCCUGCAAGGUGAGAGCUUCCUACUUGCCACGCAGGUGAAGCAACUAGAGCAGCAAAUCAUGGAUGCUAGCAAGGAUGCUCAAAGUUGCUCCUCCCAGCUUGCCCAAGUGUUGCAGCUGAUGGACAGUACCGGCGGACGCGUGCCGUUGAAGGGCGAGGUCGAUCGUGCGCGUGGGCUGGUGACGGCAGCUCGACGUUCCAUUCGCCGUGUGUCCUGCUGGUCCGGUGAAGAUCAGCUUCACAGCAGUCGAGGUGCACAGAAUGCGGGUGCAGCUGGGCCAUCUGCUCACGCGGCGCAUCGCAUGAAUGGCAAGACUGAAGUCGAGCGCACUUUGCCAGAGAGGCGGCCUUCACCACUGGGAAGGCUACAGUCCCCUCGGGGCGACCCUACACAGCGUGACUUGCACUCGGGGCUAGCUGCCUCGGCUGUUGCUGCUGUUGGCGAGGAUGCUAAAGGAGGAAUCAAUGGCAGUUUGCCUGCAGGAGCUUCUAGCAAAUCGUCAGAGCGGACAAGCAGGUCCAAAGGUGCCGUGAAGGACGCUCGGAGUCGGCGAGUGCGAGAGCGCGGAAGUGCGGAAGGACACAGUGAUGGGGACACCCCUGCCCUGCGGCCCUCAAGCGAGCAUCCUGUGACAGACUCUCAGUCCACGGCAUUGCAGAUGCAGCUAUCACAGGUGCAGCAAUCAUGCAUGCGGCAGCGGGAGCUUCUUAUUCGAGCUGUGCGCAAAGGCGCGCAGCUGGAGGACAAAGUCAAUUCCCUGACUGAUGAGGUCAUCAAAAAGGAUGUCGUAAUACACAAUUUGCGACAAGACCUGUCAGGCCAGCAGCAAGAAUUGAAGCAGCAGCAGCUUCAAUUUGAGCAGCACCUGCAGCAGAUGCAGCAGCAGCAUUUGCAGCAACUGCAGCAACAGGCGUGCCAAAUUCAGGAAUUGCAACUCUUGCAAAUCCAACGCUUGCAAAAGGCAGCUCAGACUGAACAAGAGGCUCUGUGUCUUCCUCUUGAGCCGUCCUUCGGUUCUUCAACGUUGGCUGCUCAGGACAAGGUUUGUACGAGUCCUCUGGUCAUGUUGAUGCGUCUCGGAAAGUCGAUACAACCCUGCAUGCGCGCGGGGAAUGUGUGCCCACUAGCAGCAAUAACAUGUUGCAUAAUCAUAAUCAGAUAUAGUCAGCCCAUGCCGGCAGGUGACAUGUUUGCUGUGCAGUAUUUCGAUGCAGUAUUUUGCCUGGAAGAUGUUGCGCUUGUCCUAUUUUGGGACUAUGAUGCCAAUGGAGUUGCAGUGACAACUGCGGCAGCAAUACGGGCCUGGCAACGAGCUGCUCCUUUGCUAAGGACAGUCGUAUCUGAUCAGUUGGCGGAAGUCACUGGGUGCGUGUGUUUCGGAUCGCUAGUAGGUUGGAGGGCAUCGCUGGUAGGUUGGAGGCCGUUUGCUUGGGACUGGAGUGCUGCGCGAGGGUCUCGGACGGGGUCGCUUUUGCGUCAUACAAUACUGCGCAGGUAGUGCAGGGCAGGACUUUCAAAACGUAUGGAGACUUGGGAUUGCUAGAAGGAACACCUUGCCAUUCAAUGAUGCUGUGCAAUGGCAUCUCUUUGCAGGGGUUGGACGCUCUGUGUGGUGCGAACUUGACAGAAAUCAUCGCUGUAAACAUUGCUUGGCUGACAUUGAUGGUUACACCCUGCCCCGGGGCUUCCAGUCUGUGCACUUACCUGAGUUGCUUUGACCUUACCCGUGCACUUGUAUGUUUAACACUGCUUGCAACCGAAGGUGAAGAUUAUACUUAAAUGGUCAAAGAUGACUCCAGGAAGUGUCCAGAGGUCUUUUUAAGCAAAUGCCCAGGGAGUUGGGAAACUUUGACCUUUCAGGCCGCCUGCAGCAUAGACUCAGAGCCAGCUUCAUUGGGAGAAAAGGCGUGAACGCUCAUAGUGACUGUACAAGAGAUCUUUUGUUGAUUUGUGCAGUAUAUGGUCUUCAACAUUGCUAACCUGCAGGUGGACCUGCAAUUUUUUCAAGCUGGGUUGGGCACGCGCUGACUCUCCAAUAUCCC